UGUCGGGAGUUGUAGUUGACGUUCGGACUUGAUCUAUGUUCUCUCGCGGAUUUUCUUCUCGGCAGCAAAAGCCGGGCCAUGGCGGCUGCGGCCAACUCGGGCGGCCGGUCCAAGGUGGCGCCCAGCGUAGAUUUUGAUCAUAGCUGCUCCGACAGCGUCGAAUACUUGACUUUGAAUUUCGGGCCUUUCGAGACGGUGCACCGGUGGCGCCGCCUCCCGCCCUGCGAUGAAUUUGUCGGGGCUCGCCGUAGCAAACACACCGUGGUGGCUUAUCGAGAUGCCAUCUACGUAUUUGGUGGGGAUAACGGGAAAACUAUGUUGAAUGACCUGUUAAGAUUUGAUGUGAAGGACUGCUCUUGGUGCAGGGCUUUUACUACUGGGACUGCACCAGCACCAAGGUAUCACCACUCAGCAGUCGUUUCUGGAAGCAGCAUGUUUGUAUUUGGUGGCUACACUGGAGAUAUAUAUUCCAAUUCCAACUUGAAGAACAAAAAUGAUCUUUUUGAGUAUAAACUUGCAACAGGCCAAUGGACUGAAUGGAAGAUUGAAGGAAGAUUACCAGUUGCCCGGUCAGCUCAUGGUGCAACCGUCUAUAGUGAUAAAUUGUGGAUCUUUGCAGGAUAUGAUGGAAAUGCACGAUUAAAUGAUAUGUGGACUAUUAGUUUACAAGACAGAGAUUUAACGUGUUGGGAAGAGAUUAAACAAACUGGUGAGAUUCCUCCUUCAUGCUGUAAUUUUCCUGUAGCUGUCUGCAAAGAAAGGAUGUUUGUUUUUUCUGGCCAGAGUGGAGCAAAGAUUACCAACAAUCUUUUUCAGUUUGAAUUCAAAGAAAAAAUUUGGACACGAAUCCCUACAGAACACUUACUACGGGGCUCUCCACCUCCUCCCCAAAGGAGAUAUGGUCACACAAUGGUUGCUUUUGAUCGUCAUCUCUAUGUGUUUGGUGGCGCUGCAGACAAUACGUUGCCUAAUGAACUUCAUUGCUAUGAUGUUGACUCUCAGACAUGGGAAGUUAUCCAGCAAAGUCCAGAUAGUGAGUUACCAACUGGAAGACUCUUCCAUGCUGCAGCUGUCAUCUGUGAUGCCAUGUAUAUCUUUGGAGGGACAGUGGAUAAUAACAUCAGAAGUGGAGAAAUGUAUAGAUUUCAGUUUUCAUGUUAUCCAAAAUGUACUUUACAUGAUGACUAUGGAAGACUAUGGGAAAACAGGCAAUUCAGUGAUCUAGAAUUUGUGCUUGGGGAGAAAGAAGAGAGGGUCCGAGGGCAUGCAGCUAUUGUCACAGCUCGCUGUAAAUGGCUAAGGAAAAAAAUUACACAGGCAAAAGAAAGGCUGAAACAGAAAUCUAAGCAAGAGAUUAAUGAGGAAGGACAAGAGGCGCCCCAAAAGGAAACGACAGGCAACAAUGUAAAGAUGGGUCGCCUUCAGCCGCUGCUGGAAGUGACAAUCCGGGAAGCUGAAGCUCAACCCUUUGAAGUCCUCAUGCAGUUCCUCUACACAGAUAAAAUCAAAUACCCACGCAAAGGGCAUGUGCAAGAUGUUCUGCUAAUCAUGGAUGUGUACAAGUUGGCUCUUAACUUCAAACUAUCCCGAUUGGAACAACUCUGUGUCCAAUAUAUUGAGGCCUCAGUAGAUCUGCAGAAUGUACUUGUUGUAUGUGAAAAUGCAAACAAACUUCAGCUUGAUCAGCUGAAGGAACACUGUCUGAAUUUUGUGGUAAAAGAAUCGCACUUUAAUCAGGUAAUAAUGAUGAAAGAAUUUGAACAUCUUUCUUCAUCUUUGAUAGUAGAGAUAGUACGAAGAAAGCAGCAACCUCCACUUCGAACACAUUCUGAUCAGCCUCUUGAUAUCGGAACCUCGUUGAUUCAGGAUAUGAAAGCCUAUUUGGAAGGUGCUGGUCUAGAAUUCUGUGAUAUCAUUCUACUGUUAGAUGGCCAUCCAAGACCAGCUCAUAAAGCUAUUCUUGCAGCCCGCUCUAGUUACUUUGAAGCCAUGUUUCGUUCUUUUAUGCCAGAAGAUGGCCAAGUUAAUAUUUCGAUUGGUGAGAUGGUGCCAAGCAAACAAGCAUUUGAAUCUAUGUUACGAUAUAUUUAUUAUGGUGAAGUGAAUAUGCCUCCCGAAGAUUCCCUCUACCUCUUUGCUGCUCCUUAUUAUUAUGGGUUCUAUAAUAAUCGUCUUCAAGCAUAUUGCAAGCAGAAUCUGGAAAUGAAUGUUACUGUGGAAAAUGUGCUUCAGAUUUUAGAGGCAGCUGAUAGGACCCAGGCAUUGGACAUGAAGAGACACUGCCUAUAUAUCAUUGUUCACCAGUUCACCAAGGUAUCCAAGCUGCCAAAUCUUCGGUCUCUCAGUCAACCUCUUCUACUUGACAUCAUAGAAUCAUUAGCAAAUCACAUAUCAGACAAACAGUGUGCUGAGCUUGGAGCAGAUAUUUAAGAUUUUGUUUAUUCUGUAUCUUGCAUAUUUUCUCCUAAAAGGUUACACUCUUCCUAUAUAUAGAUAUUUAAUCUUUGUUAUCAACUCAUGUUGAUAUGUUAAGAAGCCCUGAUGAAGUCAUCUUGUGUGAGAUGAGUGGCCAUAUACAUUUGAUAAAAUAACUACAUAAAUAAAGUAGGAAACCUUUGAAAAUGUAAUGAUACUUUUGACUUUCUAAACAUACAUUUGAGCUGUAUUAUUUGGAUUAUAGGCACGUGAAGGCUACAAAUUGUUAUGUCUGAUAGAUUAUAUAUCUCCAUAGUUAUUGAUGAGUAUUGAUAAUACACUUGAUACAACAUUGUCAGACAAUGUUGCUAAAUUGAAAUUUUCAAGGACUUGUUCAGGCAAUCUCCAAGAAUUGGACACAACUGAAUGGAAUGUUACACAUGUAGACAUAUUGGAUUAUUAAGGUAUGAUUAAGGUAUAGAAAGCAAAGGAAUACUGUUCUUUCCAAACACAGGUUAUGCAGUAAAACAACAAACGUAUUCCUCUUUCUUUAGCAGUACAAUGACUUCUUUUGACAAUCUACAUCCACUCUACAUUAUUUUAUUUUUAAGAUGUCAUCAAAGACUUUCUUCAGAAUACUGUAUUGCAACUUUUGCAGCACUUGUCUCUCUAUGUGUUUCCUAAAAUGUUUAUUGUACUUUUAUUUAUAUUUUUUAUUUAUAUAUAUUAUGAGCUUCCCAGAGUCUUUUGGAUGUUGGGUAGGUCCUAAAUCAAAAUAAAUGAAUUGUAGUAAAUUUAUGAAGUUAUACUAGGUGACAGUAUAGACAUGGAAUCUUAAAAAAACCUUCUCUUUUAAAAUUAACUGCACAUUUCAAAUGCUUUUGUUCUAUAUGUAAUUUGAAAUAUUCACAUAGACAUUGAGUUAGAUGGCAUACAAGUUUAAUAAAUAAUCAUUAUCCUCAUCGUCAUGGAAAACUCCUUAUCAGCAUACUGAUAAGUGUGUUUUAAAAGAUGGAUUCAUUUAUCAACUAAGCCAAAUGAGCACAUUUUGUGCAACUAUGCCAGGGGUCGGCAACCUGUAGCUCUGGAGCUGCAUGUGGCUCUUUCAUCACUCUGCUGUGCUGAACACAACUGUUCAGGAGAAAGGAGGCACAGCCCUGCACAUGUUGGAGGAGGUUUUGGCAUUCAAGCACAAGUUGACAGUGUUUGCCAGAGAUUUAUAGAGAGGUACACUGUCUCACUUCCCCUCUGAGAGAGUUCAAACAAGCUCACAAUAUUAUAAAUUUGGACUAUUUGCAGUCUGCAAUCACCACAAUGCAAACAUCGUUUGGAAAACAAUUCCAUGAAUUCAGAGAAGAAAAAAAGACAUCCUUCCCUGUCACACUCCUGACCAUCGAUCCAUCCCUAUUGAAUAUGACUGCAUUUGCAGGUGUAAGUCAACCUGAUUUUGAGAUGGAACUGGCUAACAGUUGACAAAGAUAUGGGUGUCCAAGUUCAAACACUUGCCAGCCAAUCUUGAAGAUGUUGCCUGUCAGCAGGCCAUUCUUGCUCAGAAUCAUAAAUGGAGUGAUUAUGAAAGCCUUCCCAAACCAGACAAACUUCUGUUCGAAACAUGGAAUAUCAUCCCUGACACUUAUAUGAACACGAAAAAGUAUAUUUGGAGUCCUGUCGAUUUUCGGAUCUAGAUACAUAUGUGAGUAGGUCAUCUCCAACAUGAACUAUAUUAAAAACAAGCAUUGUUCAUGCCUCACAGACAACAGUUUACAAUCCUGUGUGAAGAUGAAGAUGAUGUGCAGAUGCUGUGCAUUGAGGUUCAGGAGCAAAAAUCACAUUAACCCUCC